CAUGCCUCGACAGGAAUGGUUCGCCCCGCAGUCGGCCCCGGCAGGGCGGGGCUGCGGGCGGAAGGCGCCGUGAGGCGCGGGGCGGGGGCGGUGCCGCGGGCGGGGGCGCUGCGGGCGCCGUCCCGGGCUGAUCCCGCCUUACCGUGCGUGGGGAGCGCGAUGGCUCCCCCCAGGAAAGGCGACCUGAGCGCGGAGGAGAAGGACUUGCUGGCAGUGAUCGCCACAGGAAACACUGAGGAGGCUGGAAGGCUACUGGGCAGCAAGAAUGUCCGUGUCAAUUGCCUGGAUGAGCAUGGCAUGACCCCUCUGAUGCAUGCRGCUUACAAAGGGAAGGUGGACAUGUGCAGGUUGCUCUUGAGACAUGGAGCUGAUGUAAACUGCAACGAACAUGAGCAUGGAUACACUGCCUUGAUGUUUGCUGGACUUUCAGGAAAUAAAGAAAUCACCUGGAUGAUGUUAGAGGCUGGAGCAGAAACUGAUGUUGUCAAUUCUGUGGGAAGGACAGCAGCUCAGAUGGCUGCUUUUGUAGGUCAACAUGACUGUGUGACUGUCAUCAACAACUUCUUUCCACGUGAAAGGCUGGACUACUACACUAAACCACAAGGCUUAGACAAAGAACCAAAACUGCCAGUAAAAUUAGCUGGGCCUCUGCAUAAAAUUAUUACUACUACCAACAUGCAUCCUGUUAAGAUCGUGUUGCUGGUGAAAGAGAACCCUCUKUUGGCCGAAGUAGAAGCACUGCAGAAAUGUUACAGGGUUCUGGAUCUCAUUUGUGAGAAAUGUAUGAAGCAGAAAGACAUGAAUGAAGUUCUUGCUAUGAAAAUGCACUACAUCAGUUGCAUCUUCCAGAAAUGUAUUACAUUUUUAAAAGAGCGAGAGGAUAAACUAGAUGGGUUUGUCAAAAGUCUCUUGAAAGGRAGAGAGAAAGAUGGUUUCCCUGUGUAUCAAGAGAAGCUAAUUCGAGAAAGUAUCCGAAAGUUUCCUUACUGUGAAGCUACGUUGCUCCAGCAGCUUGUGAGAAGUAUUGCUCCUGUUGAAAUAGGCUCUGACCCCACAGCUUUUUCUGUACUUACACAAGCAAUUACUGGCCAAGUGGGUUUUGUGGAUGCUGAAUUCUGUACAACUUGUGGGGGGAAGGGAGCAGACAAAAGAUGUUCAGUAUGUAAAAUGGUAAUGUACUGUGAUCAGAACUGUCAGAAAAUACACUGGUUUACUCACAAAAAAGUCUGCAAGACCCUGAAGGAAAUCCAUGAGAAGCAAGAACUAGAAGCUGCCAAAGAGAAAAGGAAACAAGAGAAGAAGCAAAAGAAAGAUGAAAUGCAACUAGUAGAGAGUAGUUCUACAAGUGAACAACAGUCAGAUCCUGGUCCAGAUCCUACAAAAGAAGUGGAUCCAAAUCAUCCUACUGAGGGAACAGAAGAACCUGAAUUAACCAAAGAGAUGGAGGCAUUAGCCCUGCACCCUGGAAGUCCACUGGAAAGUGAUAGUGGCUUGGAAGACAUUGAUCUUCAAAAAAUUCAAGAUUCUGAGGAGUAAGAAGAGGGUAGGAAGGGACAGAGUUCUCAAGGGUACUAAAGAAUUUUUUAGGCUGACCAUGUGUGAGUUCCUAAAGCAUGGCUUGUGCAAGACUUCCUUUAAAAGACAGAAUUUCUCUGUUCAUCAUGUGGUUGAAUACUGACAACUUUGUCUAUAAAUACUCCAGGUCUUGUUGUAAAUUGUCAAGAUAGGUAUUUAUUAUCUGAUAAAAGUUAGAGUGGCAUAGAUCCAUCUGUAUGUAUACCAACAAUAAGCCUAGUGAAACUCUAUGAGUAUCUGGUUAAUGAACCACAUAGUGAAAAAUGAAAAGCAUUUGAUUUGGAUUAUUCAUGUUUUCAGAAACGAAAACUUAUUUUAAUUGUAAUUUAAGUAUUUUUUUCUGCAAGUACAUAGAUCUGUAGUUAAAAGCACUGGAAGGACAAGUGUUAAAUUGCUUUUUUCCAGCACUUUAUGAAGCUUUAUCUGAAGGAAUUCAGUAGUAGUUAAGUCUCUGGAGAUACUCAUUUGAGCUCUCAACUUUUCAUGACAUUACUGUAAAUAUUUUUGACUAGUAAAAGCACAACAAUAGUGUCUAUUUUGUGGCAAUUUUAGUAAAUGAAACUGCUGUGUUCAGGUGUCUCAAGCUGAUGGUGGAACGUGUAUUUCACUAUUGGUUUGGUCAGAAAUAUUCCAAAGUCUAAUGAAGGGAAGACCAGAAUGACUCUAUAUUUUGACUGACAAGAAUAAUGCAUUCUAAACCAGUUUUCAGGUAAAGAUGACUUUGAGCACACUGGGAUGUUGCUUAUGAGUUAUUUCAUAAACAUAAAAAAUGCUUAAUAUUUUUCAUGCUGAAUGGUCACAGUGAAUUAGAUGAGAAAAUUCAUUGUGCAUUGAUACAACUGGGAUUUCACUUUGGCUUUCAACUAAAUACCAGAUCUAGAAAAUAGCUUCCCUUAACUAUGCUUUUCAUUCAGAUUUAUUUCUGUGUCCCAUUAAAUCAGUGGGAAUGCCACAACUGAAAGUAUCAUUUGCUGCAAAAGGAUAGCAGAAUUGGAGACUGUCUUGUUGGCUGAAAUACUGGUGUUUUAAACGUGGUAGUAUUCUAAUUAGAGGAGUAAGGACCAUUCUCAAAAUAGAGGGAAAAUGCUAUUAAUUUUUUUACUAUUUAAUAUGUUGAAAGUUUUUGUUCAAUAUUCUGAAAACUGUAAGAGGAUACAUAAAUGCACAUGUGCAGGGAAUGUACCUAUGUUUUAAUUUCAAGGAUUAGUAGAUUGUGAAGAAUAAAGGGAAAUUUUUUCAAAGAAGGCAGCUAUGUGACAAUUCUGUUUCCUUUGUCUGUAACACGGUGACAUUCUCUUGUGACAUGCAGAGGCUUCCUGUAGCUUGAGUAUACAAGUUUAACUUCAUGACAGUUGGCAGGCAAGAGACUCCUGCCUGGAACUCCAAUCUGUAGUCACCCUCCACUCUGAGGUCUGGAGCUGUGGAAAUGCUGCUGCUCCCCUGUUCCACACACAGCAUUUGGGGCUCACAGGGAUGUGUUGCUCUUCAAAGAUUCUCUAAAAAUGCCCCUUCAGGGCAAGAGAUUCAGGGGUUUGGAGUUGUGCUAAAAUCCCCAGCACAAAUCCUUUCAUUCUCCCAGUGGUGGUGCCUUGCUCAUUGGAAAUCUUUGAUUCCC